CUGGGCGUCUGUUGAGGCAAAUGGGUUCCUCCUCGAAGGCCGGGAAGGGAAGGAAAUGCGAGCUUAGCGAUUACAUACUCAUCCUUCAACGGCGCCUUCACGAGGCUCUCUCACUCGGAAUCAAAAAUUUCAGAUGAAGAAAAUAAUCUUUUCUAUCGAUAACUUGCUGAUAUGAGAUUGGGGUAUCUUAUCAUCUGAUUUUGUGGUAACAAAAUGAGGAAAUGGCAGUGCAUGGAUGCUGAAAUACAGGCGCAUGCUCUUAAAACGAUGGCUGCAUUUAUCAAUUGUUUGUCUUUCUCUCUACUACAGCAUCCUCUUAUAAAGGAUUCCAUUUUUGAUAUGCUGGUAGCUCUGGAAGGGAUUCUACAAGCAGAAAAUGAGAGAAUGUUGAACCUGGCUGGUGAUGUGACCCUGCAGUUAGUUAAGAGCUUAGGGAAAUCCAUUUGCCAAUAUCCUAUGUUGGAGGUUAUUAUUUCUUUAUCACACUUGUUGUCAUUAUGUCGAUUACCCGUUGCAAUCUCAUCUGCAGUUGCAUUGAACUACAUCCUGACAAACCUAGGGCCAGUGAGAGGCAAAAGUCACGAGGAAGUUUGGAAUGUUUUGAAGAAAGCUGGCACAGUUGGCAAUCUUAUCCUUGCAUUUCAAGAUUCUGAAGAUCGAUUUCAAUCACCUGAGUAUUUCACAGAGAUGACAUCUCUUCUCAAGACCAUUCUGUGGAGGUGGCCUCUCUCUAGAUAUCAUGUAUGGAAUAACACUAGGUUGUUGGCCAAGCUAGGAGAUAAUUGUGCAAACCCUGAUACAUCAGUUGUAGUUUCUGUCCUGGAGCUAUUCUCUGUGCUAGCUCUAUGUGGUAAUGGGGCAGUGAAGCUUCUUGAAAGGAAAGAGCUACUUUUUCAGGUUGUGCAAAGCAUGGGAAAGAUGCGUGAUUACAGUGUUAGAGUGAAGGCUUUAACACUUCUUCAACGUCUAACUGGCUCUGCAAAAGGAUGCACUAUGGUAACCACUUCAUAUUGUGAACCUGUUAUCAGAGGAAUCAUUGAUGCAAUGGGUGAAUGGAGGUCAUCAAAUUCGAAGAAGAUACCUACCGAUCAGAUGGCCUUAGUAAUGGAAGCAUGUCGCUCUGCAUUACUAACUUGUUGGGCUGGGAAUCAUCAUUCAUGUUUUUGGAAUCAUGAUAUCCAUGUAAUCCUUCUUAAUAUUAUUCUUGGCAAUUGCAGCACUAUUUAUCUAACUCAUUUGGCACCCUCAUCGCAAGAGUUAAUAGCUCGAGUAAAUGAUUAUGUUACAAAUGCAAGACCCUAUGUGUGGGAUAUACUCGGAAAUUUGGUGGUACGUUAUGAAGAAGAUUUUCUUCCUAGAGCUCGAGGAAACUUGUGCUACCUGAAUCUUCUUAUUUCUUGUGCAUGCUCAGUGGCUGCAGAUUUGAUGCAGAAAUGUUGCAAUUCAUCAUCUUCCUAUACGUCUGAGUUGGAACCUGUAUUAAGGGCAGUUUCACUGAUGGUCUUUUCAUCGUCCAAAUACAUUCAACGACAAGCAAGGCACUGUCUGUCAGAUAUGGUGGGACCUUUUGGUGAUGCCUAUUUGAAGUGCAUUCUAGCUUCCCUCCAACUAAAUGCUACUGGACAAGUCUCAUUAUUGUCUGAAAGUCUUCGUGCUGUUAAUAACCUUAUGAGUUUGGCAUGCUAUUCAACUUUACCUCUGUAUCAAAAGCUCAUUGUCAAUAGUGAAGGUAUAAAGAUAUUGUCUGGCAUUAUUAAGAUGUGCUUAAAUAGUGAUAUACAUGUUAGUAGGUCUAGUGUUGCUUCUCAUCUGCGUAGUAGUUCUGAUGGAAAAACAUGCUGUUGGAGCCAUGUGGAAGACUGGGAAGGUGAAGACAUUCUUUUAUUCUAUAGUCUCCAGACACUUUCUCAGUUGAUAGAGUUCUCCAAUCUCUCGUGCAAUCACCAUAAGUUAACAUCCGGUGAGAUUGUUAUUUGCACAAUGUGUGAACAUUGUGAAUCUCAAGAUUUAAUUAAUAUUCUUCAGUAUAUCUCAAGUAACAUCUUUGGAUCUGGUCCUCAAUGGUACAGUGCACACAUUUUGAGUUUCUUUGGAUUUUAUGGUUUUCCAAGCAAGAUUGGCAGAAAGAUGGAGAGAGCACUUCACGAGGAUGUACUUGCUGAUUUGGAAUUGUUACUCUCAAAUGGUCAAUCUCUUACAGUCCAUGGAGCCAUUCUUGCAGCUAGGUGCCCAUAUUUGCUACCUCCUAAAGAAUCUUUUCAGAAGGAGAAAACCUGGGGUGAUGGAUCUUCCAAAGAGCAAGAGAGUAGGAAGGAUAAGGGAAGAUCAAGACAUGAAGUUCGAAUGUCCGAUCGUGUUGAUAGUGGUGCUUUAAAGAAGAUCUUGGAAUAUGUUUAUACAGGAUUUAUUCAUGUGGAUGAUGACCUUGUGAAGCCGUUAAAAGUUCUUGCCAAGUGUUGUGGUUUGAGGUCUCUAUCAGACAUGCUUCACCGAAAGUUGCCAAAAUGGGGCACAAGUAGUCCCAGUUGCAUCUUCAAUGGGGCACUGGAACCAACUGGACAUUUGUUAUCAGAUGUCAUUUUGGAAGCCAGGGCAGCUGAAGGAAUGAUCUGGAGUUGUACUUUGUGCCAAUCUUCAUCACCACACAAGCAUGCACACAAAAUUGUAUUGUAUUCUGGUAGUGAUUAUCUACGCGCAUUAUUCCAAUCAGGGAUGCAUGACAGCCAUUCACAGAUCAUCAAAGUUCCUGUUGGCUGGGAAGCGUUGGUUAAAUUAGUCAGCUGGUUUUAUUUAGGAGAGUUGCCCAGUAUUAGUAUUGAUUGUAUAUGGAGCAAUAUGGAUGCAGAGCAGCAGUUCCAUGAGCUGCAGGCAUAUGUAGAGCUUUCUUCACUUGCAGAAUUUUGGUGCUUAGAAGAUGUCGGAGAACAGAGCUUGAAAGUGGUGGUUUCAUGCCUGAAGUCAGACAAAAGAUCUUCAGUUGAGAUUAUUAGCUUUGCUGCAAGCAUUGGUCAGUGGAAAAUAGUUGAAGCUGGUGUCAACAGCAUUGCCCCUCUAUAUCCUAAGCUGCUUGAUGCUGGUGAACUUGAGGAUCUAGAUGAAGAGGUACUUGACAUGUUACGAUCAGGAUAUGUCUGCUAUUCCCAGGGGAGUUGUAAUUGGAGUGAUUGAAGAUCAUCCUAUUAUUUUGUAGCUAAUAGUUCUUCACAUCUUGCUAGAGAAGUGACCUCAGUUGGCACAAGUUUUGUAGCUUUUGGAGACCCAUAUGAAUUACCAUUUUUCCUUUUGGCAUUUUUUUAUUUCAUGAAAGCAAAGCCCAAGACUUACAGACAAACACUACGAUUUCAAAGAAUCAUGAGAUAGACUGUUGAGGAGUGCUGAUUCUUCCAGGCAAAUUAGCAGUCUUUCGGGAUUCCAAGCAGGCUUUGUAGCUUUCUCCUGGGGAACUAAAAAAGACUAGCUGAUUUCAUGUAUAGGCAGCACAUUAAAUUAAAUGAGUUGCAUUUUAUUUUAUGAACAUGGAACAUACGGUUCUAUAUUCUAUUAAUUUUGGUGUUAAUCCAUGCAGCAGCAACAACGUAUGCAAUCAGGGUUCGAACAGAUUUUUUAGCUUUAUACCAAAAGAGGAGGUCAUUUAGCUAAUUUCAUGUGUAGGGAAGUAUGAUCUAUAUGAGACGUGUUGUAUAUUUCAUGUGUAGGCGGUAUGCUUCAUGUUGUCAUUUAGCUAAUUUUAUGUUUAGGCAGCAUGUUUGAACUAUAUGAAAUGUGUUGUAAUUUAUAAAUACAGAGGGCACAUUUGUAUAUUCGGUUAAUUUUGGUGUUGGUCCAUGCAAUAGAAACGUGCUUAAGUGUUGUCGCAUACGCUAAAAGUUUACAAUACUUAGUGCGCCGCUUUCUCUAGCCAUGCUUGUAGACAAUGUACUGAUCAUCUAUCCAUUUACAAGGAAAGAUCUUUAUAAUUUGCUCA